AUGGAAGUAGCGGGCACGUCAAGAGUCACAGAACUGCACAAGCUUGAGGAGUUCCGCCAUCUUGCUUUUGAGAGCACAAGGUUAUACAAGGAAAGGAUGAAGCGACUAUAUGAUCAGAAAAUUGUGGAGCGCAAUUUCAAAGCCGGGGACAUGGUACUACUGUACAACUCAAGAUUGAGAUUAUUCCCGGGUAAGUUAAAGUCACGAUGGUCUGGCCCAUUUCGGGUUGUUGAAGUCUUUCCGUCAGGAGCUGUGGAAGUUGCUGCUGAGAAUGGCUCUCGCAAUUUUAGAGUCAAUGGUCAGCGGUUGAAGCUAUAUGUGGGAAUGAGUGAACCUAAAGAUGGAUCUGCACUGCACUUGAACGAACCACAAUGGUCGAGCGAGCCGUAA